GUAAGCCUAUUCCCCGAAAACGAAACAUACUUAGAACAGGAAUUGAUUGAAUUCUCGGGAAAUCCAAGGCAUAAGCGUAUAUAUAUAGCACGCACGGUUUAGGCGACCUACAUAUGCACGCAGCUCGGAGACGAUCGCGACUGACUGUCAAAAGGUAUAUCAACUGUAACUGGAAUCCAACCCUACGAUCUUUCCUCACAGCGCAGACGGUUACUGUUAACUUAUCAGACCGGAACCAGCCCAGUUAGUUGUGAAAGCAGGAAGUUGCAGUGACCUGUUACACGGCUCGGCUGUCAGCUGCACUUGUGAAUAUGGGUGACAAUGCUUACGAAGACAUAACUCAAGCUGAGAUUGACGAAAUCCGCCGCCACGUUGACAAACAUGGGUUGAGCGGCUUACCAGGAAUAGUACAAAAUAAAAUGAGGGACUGGCGAAAUGUCCCAUUAUCAAUAGCUCUUGUAGGCGAGGCGGCCGUGGGGAAGUCAUCCUUCAUCAACAGCAUCCGUGGUCUGACUGCAGAUGAUGAAGGCAGUGCGCCUGUGGGGACAGGAGACGUGACACGGGAACCAACUAAGUACUGCCACCCCUACAAUGAGCAGCUGGUAUUCUGGGACCUACCUGGUGUCGGAACGCCACGCUUCCCCCAGGACAAGUCGUACCUGGGACGGGUUGGAUACUCUAAAUACGACUUCUUCCUCCUGCUGUCAGAUGACAGGUUCACAUCUAAGGACAUCUGGUUAGCGCAGGAAAUAGAGUCUUUGAAUAAAGAAUACUUCUUCAUCAGGACAAAGAUUAAUGAUGCCAUGGACAGUGCAAAGGACAGCGAACGCGACUUUUCAGAAAGUAGGGUUCUCGAGCGAAUCAAGAAGAAUUGCAAUGACAACUUUACAGCAGGACAGCUGAAAAAGAGGCCAGUUUACUGCAUCGACUGCUAUGACAAACAUAAGUGGGACUACUCCAAAUUGAUGGAAGACAUCCUGGUGUCACUGCCUGAAAUAAAGAGGAAUACACUCGUGCUGUCACUGUCUCCUCUCACAAAAGGUGUCAUUAAGUCUAAGACCAUGGUGUUGAAGACACGGGCACCAAAGGUGGCACUGGUAUCCGGAAUCCAAGGAGCAUGUACCUCCCUAAUACCAAUUCCUCUGCUGGGGGGCGCCAUCGGUGUGUCACUAGAUAUUGCUCUUCUGGCGACAGAGGUGACUUUCUACUUGAAGCAGUAUGGACUAGAUGAUGAAUCAUUACAGGAACUCUCUGCCAGGACCAAUAGAAGGCUGGACUAUUACCACGAUGCCCUGAAAGACGGAUCCUCCAUCAUGACUUCCCGUCAGUCUGUCAAAACAUUCUUAAUGAACAUGAUCAAGUCUGAGGCAACAGAGGAGGCAAUCAAGCGCAUCCCCAUAGAAAUGACCCGUUUUAUACCAUUUGUGAAUGCUCUUGUCGGUGGAACCAUCAAUUUUGCCACAGCCCACUAUAUGUUGAAUAACAUGAUCGAUGUCUUGGAGAAAGAUGCUAUGAUAGUCAUCGAUGCUUUAAUACAGGCUACCAGCUCAGAGGUGGACUAGCUGUAGGGACCUUGUGUAGCCACGACCUGCCAUCUCGGGAGUCUUGUGGCAGAUGUAGCCAGUUUCUCACUACUAGUAGUGUCUCACGGAGAUAUCGUCAAACGAAAGCUUCAUGCAUCUGUCCGAAAAACAAGACCUUUUCUGUCCUGUGUUCUGUGUGCUGCAGUAAUUGACGUUGUUUACACUGAUCAUGCUUCCUCCUGGUUGUAUUGUAUAGUUAAACCCAUGUAACUGGAAAUACAGUUGUUUGAUAAAUAGAGAGUAUUAGCCGAAUUGUUUUUCCCUAUCAUAGAUAUCAUAUAUCAGAAAGAUUGUAUAAUGCGAGUAUUUAAACAGAAACACAGAAGGCUAAUAGUCUUUUUGUCAUAUAACGUUAUUCUCAAAAUAAUCGAUUUUGUGAAUUUGCUUAACUCAGUGACCUCAUUUGCAUAUAUAUCAGAUUGGUUUAUCGUAUCCAACACUAUUUAUUAUGUGAUAAAAUAGAAAAAUAGCUUCUUGAUUUUUUUCUUUGUUGAUAACUACAUAAUUAUCAUGUGCCAUUUGUUUGACGAAAACUGCUCUGAUAUUUGAUCAGAUCAUAACUUUGCCGUUUUCAUUACAUAUUGUUGUUCAGGGCAUGGCAGGUCUAGUUGCCACGGUGUUUACAGAGUUGAUGCCCUUACUCGCGCCAGGAUCAGAUGAUCAUUGAUUCAUAUAUUUCUUACCCUGGUACGUAGCAAAUAAAGCCGUUGCCCUUUUUUAAUAUAAAGUUUCAAGCACAAACAGCAUCCUCAAACAUUCCAUUCAAACACUUCAUACACUGCUGUGUUCUAUUAAUGUCUCACGAAAUAAACCACUCCAUCUUAA